CGUAAUCUAUAGAAGAUGGCAACCGAAACCUACUUGGACCUGACUUAUGAGAGGGGCAAGGUGUCGAAGAGGUCACUGCGACCAAAGCUAUUGAAACUGACAGAUGUGACGAUACCGCACCGAAGUCGGAAGAAAAACAAAGUUAAGACAAAAGACCGAUCAGCCACAUCCGUGCGUGAAAGGAUCUACGAUGAUCCUGCCUACACGGAGGACAUAAGCCACUUGGCGAAUCCCAUGCGUCGCAGUAGCAUUUCCGGGAAAUCCUUGCUGGAGCACAAGACAAGGUCAGAUACAGGCGGUCAGUCAUCGUCCAGCAGCCUUCUGGCCAAGAACCAGUUGACCCAGGAGCUGCAUCAGUAUGUGUCGGGAAAGCAGGCCAAGAUCAAGGCUUCCGGCAGCACCGCCAUCAGCAUGAACUACGAGUGCGAUUCCAGCAGCACCGACAACGAGCUCCAGGAACCAAUCCCAACCAAAGGUGGUAUGACCCGCAGGGUGCGCAGCUUGGAGCGCAGUCUGGCCGCCACAGGCGCGGAAAGGGCGGAAAAGAAGGGAACCCAGAAGCGCAGCUCGAAGCAGAAGCGGAAUCUCAGCCUGGACAACAAUCGCCAUCUGCCCGCCGGCCAUCCGAAACGGGAGGCAGGAGCAGUUGGUAAGGUGGCUCAUGAUGCUGAUACACGAUCUCGCAAGGAGCGAAGUCGAAAGCCCUACGGCGAGGUGGGUCCGGAUGGUGUGCCAACAGAAGUCGGUGAGGUAGACGACGGAUACUCUGCUCGGGGUUCUGCCCAGAGUUCCGCCUGCACCUUACCUGCGGAAUCAGCCGCCGACGCGGCGAAGGUUGCCAUUGGCAAACGUUUCCUGCGCGGCGAGAUUGGAAUCAAAAGCUUUAACUACUAUCUGCUCAAGGAGGGCCUAAAGAGUUCAAAGAAACUAGUGGACCAACAGCGAACCCCAGCUGCCAGUGCGGAGUCGCCUCUGAAGGCCGAGCAACGACACUGCCGCAGUGAGGAGAACAUUUACGAGGAGAUUUUCUUUAAGGACACGGCCAACGCGGCGAGCUCGUCGGCGACAGGAGUAGCCACCGGCAUGGCGAUGCCCGUUGCCAUGACCAUGUGCGAUCCAGAGACGCACGGCCAGGAAAAAGGAGCUCAUCCCGCAUUUGCGGACUGCGAGUUCUGCAUGGAGCAAUGCAGCAAGGAAAACUGUGAAUAUUGCUUGGCUCACGUUGAACAAGUGGCAAGUAAAAAGCUGAAGGCGGGGCAAACACAGGAGGAGCAGUACCUCCACCAGGCACAUAAGAAAGACACUUUGGAUUCACGCCCUAGUGGUGGUCCGGGUGUCGAGCUGCCCACCGCCCAUAUACUAGAGUUCCAGUCGUACAACCCCAACAAUCCAGGCGUUUACAAAAUUGAGACUACGCCGGUGGCCAUAACUGGCGAUUAUAACCCGAUCCUACAGUUCCAGCAGUCUUCUGCCACCACAUCGACCUCAGCUACCACCACGCCCAGUGAGCCCCAGAUUUAUGGUGGAUACUACCUUCCUCAUACGAGCCAGCGGCCAUACCACUCGCCAGCAAUUAACAACCAGCUGCCCAAUCACUAUGCGGUGGGUGGCAGUCUGCUGCUGGCCCAGGUGACCGGGGCCACUCAGGGGUCAGCCACUCCUCCUCGCCGACCCCAGCAGCACUUCAUAGUGGGAUACCAGAACGGAGGAGGUUUGUCCGCAGGAGCGGCUUCCUUACAGCGGUUUAACACGAAGUCCUCCUCCUCCAGCGACUCGCUGCCCUACCACAAAUAUAACACCAUGGCGCGGCUGGAGGCCAAUGUGGUGGCGGCACCGGCUACUGGAGAUCUCUACUAUGCGGUCAGUGGGACGCAGCCACUGCAUCCGCUGAUGUAUGCUGCCAAUCGACCCAUUGGAGGGUCCCAGAUACUGGUGGAUCCCUACGAUCCGCAGAUGUACAAGAGCGACUCGAAGGCAUCGAUUCUCAGCGAGUUCUCCCUUCGCAGCAGCGACAACUCCCAACGCUACGCGCGUCAUCCUCAUCGGCGACAUGGUGGGCGUGUCAGUGACUCGAGUCUCUUCUCGGUGUACUCGAACUCUGGCCAAAGGCGGUACUUUGGCAGCUCGGAAGGCAGGUUCGGAUACGACUGUAGACGCUGCAGUCUGGACGGGGUCAUCGGAAUGAGCACCGCGGCUGAAGGGUCCAUGAUGGCGCCCGAUAAGUGCAGCUACUCCGACAACUGCCGGUUCGAGUGCCGAAACUGCGACUGCUCGUCAAAUUACUUUAGCUCGGACUUUGAUGAUGUAUACGGAUCGAUAGCGCGGGGAGGGAGCAGCGGCAUCCCGCGGAAAACUGCAGCAGGAACACUGCCAUCCAGCACACAAGACGAUCACAUUGAGGGAUUGGAAGCCUCGCCAGCGUCGAUGGAGCAGCAGCAAUACGCAGAUCUCAAACAGAACAAGUACGCCCAAGACUUCUUUAAGCAUGUCAACGACGUGAAACGUAGCAUUUAUCAGUCGGAGAUGAAGAGAAACAACAGCUUGGAAUCCUCAAGGACUGGUCCGAGAGCUGGCAGCAGCACAAAAAGCAACUUCAAGGCAAGUCCCAAGCGGACCGCCUCACAGGAAACCAGACUAGUGACCACACUUCCGCUCAGCAGGAGUCGGCUCUCUGCCGGAGUGAAGCCCACUCCUGCACCCAGAACCAGUCUCCAGGCGCAGGCUCCUCUGCCAGACAGUGCCGUCUCAAAAGAUCCCACGCCUAGUAAGCGGAAAAGUCAACCAACUGUCCGCAGAGAGUAUCCCUCCUUGGACCGUCUCGUUGCCUCUACCACGGGCACUAUCCCAAAGAAAUCCAGCAGGAGCAUCACAGCAGCCAGCUCACAAAGCCCGAGGCAGACGCAAAAGGCCAGAGGUUCAGAGGCUCCCGAAAAGAAGGAUGCACCCGAAGAUCAGGUGCCGUUGCCGUUGCCUGCGGCCAAGCGACACCAUCGCACAAGCACAUCAAAGACCAACCCCAACGCUCCUUGUGCCAGUUUGCGCAGGAAAGACGUUCCAGCUCCACCGCCGCCCUCUCCCGCCACAUAUUCGGACCUUCAGGAGCUGAAGGCCAACAUGGAGGGUCUUCGAGACGACACCAAGUCCCGAAGCUUGGAGUGCGAUGCCAACGAUCCCACGGCAGACGAUAGUUCCAGCAAAACCCAAAAGAAAAGUCUCAGCGGUCCACCUGAUCAAGUGAAGGAAGUCCCAAUCGAAGCCACGGAUGCAGGUGCAGUGGAGACUGACGACAACGACGUGUUCUAUGAUGCACGCAGCGAGGACUCCGGCGGUGGUAUCCUGCCCUUAAGUAGCAGUGAUACUUCAAAGAAGAGUCCAUCCCACACGGCGACACUCACCAGCGAAAAUCGCAAAGGCGCGAUUGACAACGAAGUGGCGCACUCUGCCGAGGAUGAUGAUGCUCCGUCUCCUGCCGCCGCCGCUGCGCCCCAGGGGCGUGAGCAGGCAUCCUCCAGCGCGGACAGACCGAAAGGGAAUGCCAUCAAUAAGAUAACCACAGCCCCAAGCUGCGAGGUCGGGAGCUCGGCUGGAGCGGAGAGCAAGCUGGACUCCGCCGCCGCACUCUGCCAACCCCGACCACGACCUCGCCAACCGUCCCCUCACCCCCCGCCCGAAUGCAAGGACACUGGGGGGGCUGGUGACGAACAGGCAAGCAAAACAAAACACGAACACAUGGAGAAGACACCAGCAGACGCCCCCAGGCAACAUGUUGGACCAACAUGUUCGGAGGGGCAGCGCACCGGCGCGCCACCAACAAAUGUUGCUCGCGGACUCUCAACAACCACCAACGCUGGCAACACGAGCGCCAGCAACACGAGCGCCAGCAACAGCGUUUUGGAGCUGGAGCUCAGUUGCAAGACGGGCAACACGGACAGCGAAACGGCAGCAGCAGCGGUAGCGCACAGUGAUCCGACAUCGGAGGUACCUGCAUGUGCGACGGCGGAGAAUCCAAACCACCUGAGAGCACUGACACGCCAGGACUACGCCUGCAUCGACUCGAGCGAGGCUCAAUCGGACGACAGUCACCUGACACGCGACUCCAUUACCAGGGAGUCCCAGAACGACGAGCUCUCCUCCUCGACGCUCGAGAAACUAGACGUCAGCACACUUCCACUGCCCGCCCUGCCCAAGCGGCGCCGAACCCGCUCCCGCACCAGCCCCUCCAAGCACCGGCAACAACAGCAGCAGCAGCAACAUCAGCAUCAGCAGCAGCAGCGUCAUGAAGUUAUCGGAGAUGCCGGCGCGGUUGAUGCAUCGACCGCAGCAGCAGGACAACAGCACCUCAAGCCACGUCAGGGAGCAGCAUCUCCAGAGUCCCAAAAGCCAGAAAUAAGUGGUGCCAAACACAACACAGCCGGCCAGCAGCAGAAGCAACCAGCACACUCGCAACAGCAACAGCAGCAGCAACAGGCACACCUCUCCGCCUUCCAGCAGUACGUGGCCAAGCGAAGAGAGAGUCUGGAGGCGUCCAAUCGUUGUUUCAACGAGAAGCUAGAGGCGCGCAGAAUGCAUUACCACAUGGGUGGCAGCGGAGCAAAUGGUAACACAACCGCCUCCCAUCUGACGGCUGGCUCCAAUGGAGUGCCCACUUAUCUGUUCGGAGAACAUUUCUAUGGAGUGCCCGGCACUGGACGCAAGUCCACAUCGCCCGCCACCAAGAAGGAGGAAAUAUUCCUGAACAAGUCCGGAUGGGUGCAGGUCAACACGACGCGUGGCGGCAACAAGGAGGACAAUGGCGGGGGCUACCGAGGCCUCAGCUACGCCCAGCAGAAUGGAGGCGGACGUAUUGCCGCGAUGCUGACGGAUCCUGGGCGACGCUCGGACCUGGCACGACAGUCAUUCAUCAUGCAGCAUCAGCAACAGCAGCAGCAUCAGCAACAGCAUCUGCAGCAGCAUCCGCAUCAGCAGCAGCAUCAAUCCAAUAUCAGCAUGACUGAGCCGAAGUUUGUGGGCUCCAAGGUGGAAGAGCUGAUUCAAAGAAACGAAGCACGGCUGAGUGGCUGCUCCGUACGGGACCCUUCCCUGCGUCCGGGCCAUCGAAUCAUCGAUCCGCAAUUGGCGAACAUCCUCAACGAACGGCCAGGCUUCUUGCCAGUGAAGGGCCCCAACGAUCUCGACUCCCCCAUCACUCCGAUUCUCUCACCACCUCCCGCUUUCCAGGACAACAGCCGAAGUGCGCGGCGUCAGGACAGGCGCAACCCGGGACGCCAGCAGGCUCCUCUCCCCCUUCCCGUGCCGUUCCGCUCGCAGCCCCAGAUGGACUCCCAAAACCCCAUCAAUGGCUCCGCCAAAGGCAUGGUGUUUUCCCGCAGCUUUGAGUACGACACACGCCGUCACACGCCCACCGAUAGCUACGUGGAGACGUUCUCGCGCAGCUUUGAUGGCAACUUGUCAGAUCGCCUGCUCAACCUGGCCGUUCUGGCUGGCCAGCGGGAACGGUCGCCCAACUUCAGCACCCUGACCGGCAACUCUCCGAACUACCUGACGAAGCGGGAAAGCGGCGGUGGUAGUAGUGGUUCUCUUCGCAGCCGAGACAGCUCGCCCAAAUAUCUGCACCCGCAGACAACUACUGCUUACCUAAAUGCCGCUGUCAAGGAGGCGCCUCCGGUCUACAGCGUCCCCACUGACAGCCAGGCCAAGUACUCACCGCGCUCCCGUCUCGAAAGGACUGCUGAGCGUUCCAAAAGCCACGCCCUGGGGCGUUCUCGCAAGUCCCAGUUCAGCCGCGUGGGCAGUGCCGGACCUCUGAUAGCGCAUCCGAGCACGGCGAGUGUGGGAGUGUCCCGGUUCCGGAGCUUCGAUACGUCCAAGAGCCAGCGCCUUAACUCGUGCGACAGUGGAGCGAGAUCAGAUCUUUCCAACGACGAGCUGGACAAUGAAGACGGCGGCCUGAACGAUUUUCUAUCCACCGCCAGCCACAAGUUUCCAAAAAUGGGAACUAGUAGCGUCAGCGUUUCGCCGUUCAAAAUGCAACGCCAGCGAUCCCUGACUCCGGAUCGGAAUGACUCCCAUAGCUCGACCAGCAGCUUACGGAAGCAGAGAUCAAACACCCCGGAGUCCAGGUCCUUGACCCCCGAAGAACGUCGCAAGAAGGGGUCCCAGCUUUCAUUGAGCGGCGCCCGGCAAAGCUCCAGCUCCAGGAGCAACACGUUCGAAGUCCGCCAGCGGCACGAGGACAAGACACCACCCAACAUAUCACGCAGCUCCUCCAGCUCCAGCUACAGUGGCGGCGAGUCCCACGAGCCACUCAAUGGCACCGGCGGCACCACCGUUGCACCCUCGGCCGCAGUUUCCGGAAGUGGCGCCACCAGCCAUCGACGCGCAUUGACCGCCAAACAGGCGGAGCAGGAGCACCGCAUUCGACGCUCGAGAUCGUUGCAGUUAACCGAACGUUCUCCGAACCGAGCGCACAAAUCAAUUGUAAACGUGGGAGCUCUGGCUCCGCAGCAGCGGUCGGUAGGUGUUCCCUAUCAGCAGUCCCGCUUACCAGGUGGCGCCGUUUUCCCCCCCACCAUCCGCACCUCACCAGCAGGGGCCAAGAUCCUUGUCAAUUCGCCUGCGCCACCCAGCAACUCGGUGAGAGGGCGACAGAACGAGACGGACAAGGCGCGCUCCUUCGACUAUGACUACAACAACUUCGGUCGAAGUGGAGGAGCAAAGGGCUCCAGUCGCGCCGCUCACACCAGUGGCAGCGGCGGAGACAGCGGAAGCAAUCAGAAUCUGCGCGUGGAGCGGGAGACCCGCUCCUUCGACGACGCAAUUUGCGAAGCCGUGCUGAACAACAACAACGGCAGCAACGGAAGUGUCAGUGGGCUGCGCUUUCUGCAGCCUGCAACCGAUUCCGGGCAGGUGUCUAUGGCGUCCACGUCGUCGUCCCGCCUGCGCAAGUCCAACUCGCCUGUGAGCGCAUCUGGAAUGGAAGCCUCCCGGUCGCCACAGUCAUCGGGAUCCUCGAGCAGCAAUCUCCAUCCGCAGGGAAGGCAAUCGGGCAGUCCACAGAGCUACGGGACGCGACUUUGCGACCACGAGCUGACCUACGAAAUGCUGCGAAAGUCGCCGAUCAUGAACUUCCGCCGCGGGGACAGCGGCGACUACGACCUGCCGGUGAUGCUGCGGAAUCGGGAGACCAUCAACUCGGGGGGCAACAGCGAGCUCAACUUUAUGAGCAAUGAGACGCGAAUCUACGAACACCCCACCACCGUUCUAAAGACACAGCGAUCCCUCCGCCAAAGUCCGGGGUCACGGGACGACCUCAACCUUGAGGUGGCAGUGGGAGUGGGUGGCGACUACAUUUACAGGCAGCCGGCCAGCCAGCCACGCAGCAGCAGUGUUAAAGCGGAGUACCCUACGACGGCAACGACGAAGAGUUGCACCAAAACCUUGGAUACCUGCGAUUAUUGGCCCCGCUGCGCCGCCUGCCAGCACAAAAGUGCUUCGGGAGAACUCAAGAAGGGCCUGGCUGCGUCCGGAAAACCCACAGUCGUGCUGGAUCACGUGCAGCCCCAUGUCACCUCGGUGAUCGUUAAUGAGGACAGCGCAGUGCCGAGCCCAAAGCUCCGAGGAUUGGUAAAAGCGAGUCCGUCAUGGACUUUCUUGUGCAGCGGUAUUGCCAGCAUUUGCCAGCCUGUGGAGCAGGCGGAAACCGACCACAGUACUGCCCAGGAGGCGGCGGAGGAGGAUAUUGUCUCCAGGAAGGUUAUAAGCAACAAGAGCGGGAGGACGGGACGAAGUCGGUCUCUGCCAAGUGUAAUGCUGCGAAGACUUUAUCUUGAUGGAAUCCCAAAACCUGGAAGCAAUGAAAUGGGGACAGCCAGUGACUGUGCUGCGAGUUUGUCGCAGCAGAUAAAGGCGGUCUCCAGUCCCACGCUGUCCGAGCCGUGCUUAGAGGAGCAGCCACAGAAAGCAGUUGAGAGUACGGAAGUGGCUAUCGCAGGCAGCAGCGGCGGAAGUGGAGGCCUGGGCGUAUUGCAGAAAUUCAAGCGCACCUUAAACAACUUUAACAACAAAAAUCAGAUGCACAUCUCUCCGUUAUCGCCAGCGGCAGUAGGAAGCAAUCACCCAAAGACCAAGACAUCGCCAACAACACCGACCGUAACCAUAGCACCUCCGGCCACGACGACCACGACUGGCGAUCCUGGGUCAGAGGGCGGCGACACGAGCUCUGGUAAAUACCGAUUUGGGCCCCUCAUUUGGCGCACCUCCAAAGAACGCCGUAAGACGAAGUACAACCGACGCGACAAGUGCAAUUCUGGUGACUCGGGCAUUCAGAUUGAGCUGGAACAGGAUGAGCAGUACUCCCGAGCGAUGGCUGUGGGCCGCCAGGAUGAGCCCCGCGCUUUUGUCUUAACCAAUGGUGCCGCGCUCUCCAAAAUGCGAGCCAUACGACGCACCAACUCUGCAAAGGCGAGCAACCUCCUUGGCCCCUUUAUUGUUAAAACCAAAAUAGCCAAGCAUUUAAACAUUGGAGAGUCAGAAAAAGCUGAGCGCAAGGCGCCCGAGUCUCUGCCCACGCGGUCGCUUAGUCAACCGAACGGCCUGGAGUCCUACGGCAUGGGUCGUCCCGAUCUUGAGGAUAGCGACAGCGACAGUGUCGCGUCGAACGAGGAAGCUGUGAGCUUCUACCCAACCAUCUAUGCGGAGGUACUCUACAACUUCACGGCGGGCGGUCCUCAAGAACUGGGGCUGGAGCGAGGAAUGCUUAUAGAGAUACUGCGCAAGGAAGUUGGACCCUGGUGGUUCGGCCGCAUCAAGAAGGAGGAAACCAAUCUCGUGGAAGACAUUUUGGGUCCUGAGCUGGGCUGGUUCCCCAAGGAGUUUGUGCGCAUCAUACACUGCCCAGAGACAGACAAUUUCUUUUUGGCGCACAGGGCUGCGGCUGAAGAGGCGGAGGCUGAGGAAGCAACAGCUCGUGCAGAGGAAGGAUCUGUUCCUGUUCCCGUUGCGGCAUUUGCCGAGGACACAGAUGUUACCGUGACCACAGACCAAAGCAACGUGACCCUCAUUGUCAUUGAAUCACCAUCAACUCCGAGUGCACCCAGUGUGGACUUCGUUGCCCAACCGGAUCACAGCACGAUCAUACGCCGCAGUGCCGUUCGCGAACUGCUUGAUACGGAGGUCAAUUAUGUAAAACUGCUGGCAGCCAUUUGUGAUGGGUACCUGCCAGCCAUGAGCAAGCGCAUCGAUAUAUUCUCGCCAAACAGUAUUCGGCUAAUCUUUUCCAACAUAACGGCCAUUUACAAGUUUCAGCGAAAGUUUCUUGAAGCCUUACGACGUGGAAUCGAGCAGAACCAGAUUGCCAAAGUUUUCCUCAAAAUGCACAAAGGUUUCCUAUGCUACUCCACCUAUUGCAACGCGUACCCUCGAGCCCUAUUAGAACUUGAGACCUACGAUCGCGUAAAAGACGCCCGUACAAUUCUUGAGAACUGCCGCGAAUCCCAAAACCUGGCCGAGCUUCCCCUCUCUGCUCACCUGCUGGCACCGGUGCAACGAAUCUGCCGCUAUCCCCUGCACCUCAACGAGAUUAUCAAGUCGGCAUUGGAAAAGGGAGUCAAGGAAGAGAAUGCUGUAGACGGCGCGAGGUCAGCUGCCAAGACAACUGACUAUGAGCAACUUGAUGUCAAUGAACUGGACAUACCCGACACUCAGGACACUGUCAAUUUGGCGCUGGAAGCGAUGCGCGGCAUCACGGAAGCAGUCAAUGAGGGCAAACGCCACAGCGAGACGAUUGCCAGGCAUCAAGCCAGCUUCCAAAACUUUAAGGGACCCCCGCUGCACUUGCACAGUGCUCGCUUCUUCCUGCAAGUCGAUGCCACGCGACAGAAACAGAAUCUGUGGAACAGCAGCUACACUCUGUUCCUUUUUGAUAACCAGCUGGUGUACUGCAAACGAGAUAUUAUUAAGCGGAGCCACUUCAUCUACAAAGGACGCAUUUUCCUGGAUCGCUGUCGCGUGGUAAACGUGAGGGACGGAAAAAUGUUUGGGCACACCAUUAAGAACUCCCUACGCAUCUAUAGCGAGUCCCGGGACAAAUGGUACGACUUUAGCUUCCGUUCGGCGAACCGCAAGCAUCGCUUCCUAAGCACUCUCGCUCUGGAGCGCCAAUUUGGUGGUAAGGCUCUGUAUGUAUCAGAGAUGACUGGAUUCGAGUACAAUUACGAGGAGCGGCCGGGCGAUUACUCAGACCAAUCAGAUUACGAUGCACAAGAUUUUGAAUUACCAACAGUAGUCACCAGUGGUGAGAGCUCACUGCCGGAGUCGCCGGCCAAGUCUACGUCUCGCCUGUGUGAGACAUUGCCAAAAAAAUCGCAGUCCAGGGACGGAAUAUCCAGCGCUGAAAGCUCUCAAAUAGUCUCCACCACAUCUACAGGUUCGCUGGGAAGGCGACAUUUUGGCAACUGGUUCCGCAAGCCCAAGAGCGCCAACUGCACUCCCAGUCAGUCGCCGACGCAUAAGCCGAGCUUCGACGCAGACGCCACGCUUACGGAAGCCCGGGUUGCUGCCAUGGAAUUGGCUGAAGCAGCGGCUGCUCUAGUGCCAACGGACAGCUCCUCUGCGUAAAUACUAGGGACAGCUUUGUGUGGAAUCGCAAAGCAAAUACAGACACCGUAAAGCAAACAUAAACUCGUGGUAGAAUACACGAUAUAAAAUAUUUGUUACAAUAAUAUUAAAUUGUCUUAAAUUAUAGUAACAUGUAGUUGACCAGUGUUACAUUUUGUAGAUCUUUCGUUAGUUACCAUUGGGUUUUUGUUCAAUACAAAAGUAUGAUUGUGUUUCUAUUUAAUAGUGUAUAUUCUUAAAGUGGAGUCAUAAUUUGCAAUUAAUAUUGCGAUAAUAAGAGUUUUAGAUUUACAAUAAAAAUGAAAAUAUUGUA